AUGCGAUGGAAAAUGCAUGCAGUUCAAAGGCUAAUACUGCUCUAUCCAACUGAAAAUCAGCUAUAUAUUGCUGCAGAUGGAAGGUUGACGUUUCACUAUGCUGUCAAGAGGGAAAAUCUACCAUCACUGUUGGCAAUGGCAAGACAAAAUAACAGCAUUGAAGUCGUCGAAAUUCUUCCCACUGAACAAGCGUUUUCUGAUCCUGAGGGUUUUAUCUGGGUUUGGAAUCAUAUCCCAAACGACCUCGUGGAUGCUGUUAAUUGGGAUUCAGUGAGGCUGAUAUGCUCUGAAAGAGGGUCAAUUGAUGGUAGCAGGGGGAAUUUUGGGCGAGAUUUCGGCUUCUGUGGCAAUGAAAAUGCACAGUUGCGUGACACCCAAUCCUUGUUUUUGCCCCAUCCUAACCUUCAUAUGGGCACAAUGAACCAAGCUGUCAUCAAACUCUUUGUAGCAAUGAGCAGCUUUGUUCGACUGGCAAGAGUGCAACAUGGGCUCAACAUAUAUAAUGAUAACCUUCGGAAUCAGUAUAAUGCUGAACGACUUCACCAAAGCAAUCUCCACGAGGCACUGAAAGUGUCCCGGCGUCUCAGGAGGAGUCAUGUCCGCUGUGCCAUGGUAGAACCAAUGGAAGGUGCCGAUGAGAAAGCUCUUGAUGCAACUCUGACAGGUCACUUCGACAAAUACAACUGUCCAACAAAAGAAUAUGGAAUGAUCACAGCAUGGACUAGGACAGUCCUGGAUGAAGACACCUUUACCACAGAACGACUUGGGGUGCAUGGAUAUGGCAAAUCGUCGUGCAACUCUUUCACCAACAAAGUUCUUAUGCACUGGGAGACACUGAAAGGCUUUACUGACUUUGUCCCGAGUCUUGACAAAUCUCUCAUGAAUGUUGAUGCUUCCAAUCUCGUGAGCAAUGGUGGCGUUUCUUAUGUGCUUCCUGGAUGUCAUCUUGAAAAGUCUUCGCCUUAUUAUGCAAGCUAUUCCUUUCCGGUUCGCCAGUUGAUGGAAAGGUACAAGAAUAUUAAACAACCGUUGAGACUUCUGAGCUGGUUUGCCAUGGGAGCAAUUGUGGUCAGCCACAGGCCGGUGAUUUUCUACCUCGAGAUCAACCGACUGACUGAAUGCCCUUGUCAUAUCAACGGCUUUCACAUUGAAGAAACCGAUUGCGACACAUUUGGAUUGGAAUUCCUUCUCCACAUGAGAAAAAAGCGGCGGCAGUAUUUUGAGGAUGUAUCUCAUCUCCAGGAUGGAGUGAACUAUCCUGACACAUUGGUAUAUGCUACUCAUUGCUACCAUCAUCCCAACCGACAUCAACCAAGUGCAAACAUAUCACCUCAGGAUUCUGUUGUUCUCAUCAGAAGUGUUGAUACCCUUGAGCAAAUCCAAUACGAAGCUCUUGCACUUGAUGGGGGUGAUUUGGAGAAGGCAUUUCGAGAACGAAAUGUUUUGUACAACACAAUUGUGUCAAUUUUGAAUUUCAAAACUCUUCAAGCUCAUGAUGAUGCUUGUGAAAGUCAACAAAAUGGGUUGCAUGGGGUAUAUGGUGCUGGCGAACUCGUUUGUCAGCUUCUAAUUGGGUUUUUCUGUCACAUUGGGACCCUUCCAUGGUUCCUGCUCCUAGAGGCUGAAAUUGGACAGGCUCAAUGGGCCUACUGGUCAAACCAGUACAACCAGUACACACCUGAAGGGCGUCUAACGCAAGGGCGCCAAUUGUUGGAAGCAAUGGCAGCCCAAAUGGGUACACCUGGAAUGAUUCACAGAGCAGAAGAGGCGCUGUGCCAAUUCAAGGCAUGGAGACAAAAUACUUAUCAUCUGCGCAGUGAUGUGGCACUCCCAGAGAUCAAACAUGCCAUCGGCAAGAUACAGAAAUCAUUCUGUCGUGAGGUCUCUUCUCCAAAACUUCCCACGGCCAAACCAUAA